AUGGAACAACAUCCUAUCACCACUCUGGAGCAACAUUACAUCACCACUAUGGAACAACAUCCUAUCACCACUCUGGAGCAACAUCCUAUCACCAUUCUGGAGCAACACCCUAUCACCACUAUGGAACAACAUCCUAUCACCACUAUGGAACAACAUCCCAUCACCACUAUGGAACAACAUCCCAUCACCACUUCUCUGGAACAACAUCCCAUCACCACUCCUCUGGAACAACAUCACAUCACCACUAUGGAACAACAUCCUAUCACCACUGUGGAACAACAUCCCAUCACCACUCUGGAUCAACAUCCCAUCACCACUCUGGAACAACAUCCCAUCACCACUAUGGAACAACAUCCCAUCACCACUCUGGAGCAACAUCCCAUCACCACUAUGGAGCAACAUCCUAUCACCACUCUGGAACAACAUCCCAUCACCACUUUGGAACAACAUCCCAUCACCACUCUGGAACAACAUCCCAUCACCACUAUGGAACAACAUCCCAUCGCCACUCUGGAACAACAUCCCAUCACCACUCUGGAGCAAAUCCUAUCACCACUCUGGAGCAACAUCCUAUCACCACUCUGGAACAACAUCCUAUCACCACUCCUCUGGAGCAACAUCCUAUCACCACUCCUCUGGAACAACAUCCCAUCACCACUAUGGAACAACAUCCCAUCACCACUCUAG